AAGAAGAGGCAUUUCGGGGCGAGACGCGAGCCGCGAGCCGCGAGCCGCUUCGCUUUGUCAUGCAAAGAUUCCUUUCGCUUUCGCUUUCCGGCGUUCGAUUCGAGGACAGAAUUGGAUAGAGCCCGGGAGAGAGGAGGAAGAGAUAAUGGCACGAUAGCGCGAGGAGCCGUCGAGAGAGGACGAGGACGAGGCGUCAAUGCCAGCGACUAGAGCGGAGAAGAGCGACAGUGCCAACGCGUCGUCGGAUACUCGGUGCGGGUGCGGAAUCAAGCCGAUCAGGCCGUUCGACGAUGCCCGGCUCGACUUGGGCUCCCGACUCGGCGAGACGCUCGAGCGCUUCGCUCGCUCGAGAACGGAACGAGGAGCGGGCGCGAGAGCCCGAGGUCGGCUACCGCGGCGCGGACGACGCGGACGGCAGUUGACGCGCUCGUCGGUGCCCGAUUCGGCGCGGUUCGAGAAGGAGGAGGUUAUUAUCUCGAGAUAGAGGCUGCUAGAACGAAUUGGCGAAAAAGAUAAAGGAGGCAGCGACGUCGGAGGCAGCGGGCCGGCUAAAGGUUGUGAAUGCGUUGCAAGGGGAAAGUACGUUGCCGCCGUCGUCGUCGUCGCCGUCGUCGCCGUCGUCGUCGUCGCGGUCGCGGUCGCAGCUGCGGCGGCGGUUGUGGGUGUUGCGGUGCCGAGGAAACGUCAACGAUAGCGAUGCUCGACGAGUAGGAGCGUCGCGUCGCGUCGCGUCGCGCGUCGAAGGAGCCGAGAGCCGAGCAGCGCCAUGUCGUCGACGGGCGACGACGAGGCCCGGACGUUCCUCCCGCGUCCCAGCGAGAAGCGGAGGAGAAGCGGCCAAGCGAGAUAGAGGAGCUCUCUCCCUCGGAGGCGCGUCGCUGCCGAGGCCGGUCCGCGGCCGGCCGGCCUAGACGGGCCCUUGGACCGGCCCUCGCCUCGCUCCUGGAAAAUGAACUCCAUGCUAUAUACUCUCUACGUGAUCGCGAUAUUCUUCAUGGUGUUUUGGUCGGGCAUGUGGGUCGUGCACAUGCUGGCGUUGAUCGCCGGCCGCUGGAAGCUGCAUCGCAAGACGACGCAACCGCCGAGCUACGAGACGCCGUUGCCGGGGGUCUCCGUGAUAAAGCCCCUGAUGGGGGUCGACCCGAAUCUCUUCGGCAACCUCGAGACCUUCUUCACGAUGGAGUACCCGCGGUACGAGCUCCUGUUCUGCGUCGAGGACGACUCGGAUCCCGUGCUGAUGCUGGUGCGCAAGCUCAUGGAGAAGUACCCGGAGACCGACGCCAAGCUCUUCGUCGGCGGCUGCAACGUCGGGGUGAAUCCCAAGAUCAACAAUAUGCAGCCGGCGUACGAGGCCGCCAAGCACGAGCUCGUCCUCAUCAGCGACAGCGGCAUACGCAUGAAGGAGGACACUCUCCUGGACAUGGUGAAUCACAUGACGGACAAGGUGGCCCUGGUCCACCAGAUGCCCUUCACCUGCGACCGCGAGGGCUUCGCCGCCGCGUACGAGAAGAUCUUCUUCGGGACGGUGCAGUCCCGGAUGUACCUCGCCGCGGACCUGCUCAGGAUAAACUGCCACACCGGCAUGUCGGCCCUCCUGAGAAAGUGCAUCCUCGACGAGGUCGGGGGCCUGAAGGCGUUCGGCAUCUACCUCGCCGAGGACUUUUUCUACGCCAAGUCGCUGACGGAUCGCGGCUGGCUCAUCACCGUCUCCUCGCAGCCGGCUCUGCAGAACAGCGGCCACUGCGAGGUCACGUCCUUCCAAGCGAGACUGCGACGAUGGGCCAAGCUGCGGGUGGCGAUGCUACCCACCACCAUCGUCUUCGAGCCGCUCAGCGAGUGCCUCGUCCUGGGCGCCUUCGCUUCCUGGGCGGCCAGCGUCCUCUUCGACUGGGACUCCCUAGUUUUUUAUCUGGUGCACAUACUCUUGUGGUUCAUGUUCGACUGGACGCUCCUGUGCGUCGUGCAAAACGGUCCGUUGCCCUUCGACAAACUCGAGUUUGUGUGCGGUUGGUGGCUCAGCGAGAUUACGAGACCCUAUCUGUUCCUCCAGGCUGUUUUGGAUCCUCUCAUACAGUGGCGCUCGCGCGUUUAUAGGCUCAAAUGGGGCGGCGUCGCCGAGGAGGUUAAGGCGAAAGUCAAAUAUUAACGCUCGGUCUGUGCGCGCUCCGAAUCGGUGCAUCCCCCAGGGUGCACCGAUCGAAUCAAAGCGACAUUAGCGGAGGCGAAAACCGGAGGCGAGCCUCUCGCGGCCGAUCGAUUCCUCUACGAGGUAUAAUUCCAGUCGUCGCGAUCGAAAAAGACAUUUGCAACCUCGAUCCAAGAAUAACGCUUUGUGUCGCGUCAAAUGAAAUUUAUAUUUUUAUUUGCGACUUUUACCCAAAUAUAUUGGUAGCUUAAGGGCUCUGGCUCCGAACAAGCAAAAUUCUCACGAACGCGCUUUAAACUUUUCGCGCGAACCGGGUUCUCAGCGGGUCCAAUUUUAUCGUAAAAAUUGCUUCCUCUUUCCAUCUAUUACAUCAGACGGAACUGUCAAAAAAUGUCGAACGAAUCGUAUAGAUUCUGCCUCGCUGCUAAAUCUUAUAUACAAAUUUAAAUGUUGCGUCCGUGGUUCGAUCGAGAUCGAUAGUCUAACGCGAAAACAACCGAUCGAAACCUUUUACAUGAUCGCUCUCGCGAAAUAAGUAACGCUUUGCAAGCCCUGCAACUUAAUAAGCGCAAGAAGUAAGACUCGUAAAAAAUAACAUCCGCACAACAUUUUGACAGCGCGAGUUGUUUAUAAACAAUCUCUCGACAACGUUUCGGCCUCGACUUCAACACCGUCCGAAUAUCGCGAUAUCGAAUUCAAGGACGCAACAAUAUUACGAGAAGAAAGAUUGGCAUAAAAAAAAAUGAUAUUACGUCAAAAGGAAUAAGGAGCCGAAAAUUUUAUUCGCGCAAAGUUGAUCGAAUCGAUCUGUACGCGAUACAAUGACUCGUCGAUAUAGCCAACGAGAGAAACAUUUGACGCGUUUAUUAUUUCCAUCGAAUUUCCGUUAUUCAACAUCACGGUAUGGAAUGUAUGAGAUUUUUUUCCUGUCCGCGAACAUGUAUUAUUUAUUUGUAAUAAUUUUGAUAGAUACGUAAAACUAGUCGAGAUUUAAGUGUACAGGUCGGCGGUAUCGUACGGCAUUCGCGUCUUUCCACGUGCGUCGCAUUCUAUGUAUGAUUAAAAUGUAUCGAAAUUGCGCGAAUAUAUUAUAUGUUGUCGUUGCAUUACAUAAAUUAUGAUUGAAAGAUUGUAAAGAUAAAUAAAUUGCCAGAAAUCCAAUGGCGUGAUUUUUCGACAAUUGGAGAUAAGCAUUCUCGCACUCUCAUCCCGGCUGUACAAUUUAAAUUUCAUUGAGCAAAUGUGCGCGUCUGUAUGUGUGCGUGUAAACGUAUAUACGACUGCUGUAUAUGUAGACACAUGUAUUUUUGUCGCAUCUACUUAUUUCUCAAUUUUCUCGCAGUCUUGCAAAAUUGUUAGACCUAGAAACUCGGUAAAGUCUCUCCCGUGUAUGCAUCUACGAUAACGAGAUUACGCAAUACAUUGGUUAUCGCUGAUUUACUAAAACUGUACUUACACUGUACUUAACGUUAGAUACACCAAUGUUUUUGUAUAUAGCAUCAAUUGUCCGGGCACCGAUAAUCCAAAUAUCGAUUCCUUCCUUCGACGGACGUGCGAGUACGUGUGUGCGUAUAUGUGUAUAUACACCGAAUGUAAACCGAAACUCUUAAUUUACGUUCGAAUCAUCCCUACAAUUUUUUUUGUUACGAGAAACGUUUUCUUUCUCUCUCUCUUCUCUUCUUUUUCACUUGGAAAAAAAUUACUUGAUUGGGUUGGAUAAUCUCGAUGGUAGAUUUUUUUUUCUCGUUUCCAAUUUAUCCCCAUAAUCGAUGUUUUUUUUUUUUUUCAUACUUGCGACGCAAUUAUUUGAUUUCUGGAAACGAGGCUUCCAUAACGUAAAAUGCAGAUCUGUCAAAUAAGCGACAUUCAACAUUUUGAAAUUCGAAUAACGCACACUUAGAACGAUAAGGCGACCCCCGACUUAAUCUCUCAAAUUUGUAAACAAAUACUAUUACUAAAAUUCCAUAAAUAGUAGUUAGACUAUCUCCGUAUACGUUAUUACGAAGCUUUCAGAUAAAGCAGAAGCAAUAAAUUAUUAACGAUGAAUUAAUUGAUUCGAUAUCUUAUAAUCAGAUUUUAUUUAUUUCAUUAUAUCGAUAAUUUUCUGUUAGUUUCUCAUUUGUAUAAAAGAUAAUGUACUUAUAUAAAUGAUAAUGUAAUUAUUAUUAUUAUUAUUUCGAAUAUACGAUACAUUAUGGAAAUUUGUUUCCUUGUUUCAAAGUCAAAGGUUGCUCAUAUACACUCCAAAUAGAAUGAUUACGCGAAUUUUAACGUUUCUUUUUUUCCCAACUUUUCGAUGUAAUCAUCAUAGUGCAGGAUGAUGUCCAAUUAAUGUAAUUAUCGAGCUAAUUCGACUAUUAUUUAUUUCAUACAUUUCAUACAUUCGUAAAUUGAUAGAAAUAUCUACGUUAUUUUUUUUCAAUGAUUCUCCGAAUGCAAAUAUGUGAUAUUAAAUGGAAAAAUUUGCUUUUCUCGCAGCGAUACAACUAGAAUAUAAAUUUUCUCAUUGGCUAAAAAAUGCGUCCCACGAGAGUUGUUAAAAAAAUUAAAAUAUCACAACGCACAUACAAUUGACGUAUAUCAUUUCGCGGUACAAGUUUAGCUAGCACAUCAUUGCGUGCGUGCGUGCGUGCGUGCGUGUCAAGUAUGUAUGCGUGUUUGCGUAUGAAAAAAUUUCCGAGAGAUCCUCUCGUAUAAAUUGACCUUAUUCCAGAAAAUUUAUUCUGAGAGAUGUAAAAUUCGUGAAGGAUAUAAAUAAAAGAUUUCGUUUUA